UGGGUCACCCUUUUAUCUCGGGGAAUGCUGUCAUGAACCAGAGCGUGGCAAGCCGGGAAGGGCUCCCCUGCCGUGAUGGAACUACCAGGCUAAUGAAAGAGCUAGCCACCGAAAGCCCACCAUUGGCUGUCCCGACUGCCCAAGCUGGCAGCAGGCAGUGGCGUCAGGGAAGGACUGGACUGACAGAGGCUAAAGUGGAAAUACAACCCCCCUCCAAAAAAAAGAAAGAAAGGAUAUCACAUUGGAAACUGGCAGAAUUUGAGUUUUACUCGACUUGUGGAUUUCCCAGCUCGUUCAUGCGACGUUGAACUAACGUUCAACGUUGUCUGGAAGUUUCAGAUCCCGAGGUGGUGACGCUACUGCUCGCUAAUGGUAGCCGAUGCGCUAACGUUACUUGAUCGAUGUAAUUGUUUUGGUCUAAUUUAUCGUCUUACUUCCAAAGAAUAAAACCGUUUCGACGCUUAAGGCAAUGUCGGGCACAUAGACUCGAGACAUGUUGGCGUUUGACCAACUUUUACGUAACUCGGUGUUGGUUUCUUGGCGAAGUUAGUCUUUCAAACAAGCGAGCGUUAGCCACCUAGCUGGCUAGUAGCUAACGUUGGCUAACUGUUGACUCCAAACAGAUUUAAAGCCAAAGAAAAAUUAUUUUGUUUUAAAUUAAGUCAAGGCUAGCAAGCGCGCUGCUGUUUCCACGUCACCUAACUAGCUGUAUCGUUUGCUGUCUACUUGUGUUGACGUGAUACUGCCAACCGGAAGAGUUUUACUUUUUAAAGUCGUUGUUCAGUUAAAACUCUUCGAUAUAAGGAAUCACGGAAUCGCCAAUUUAUUUGACUAAUGGUAGCUAGCUCUCGCUGAGUUAGCCGGCUGAAGUUGGAAUCCUGACCCCCUGCUCAAGGGGCUUGCUUUGAGGCCUUGUCUACAGUGGGGUGAAAAAAACAUAUCCAAAGCCUUAUUAUACAGUAUCUCGGCGUCUGAGUGGAGUUCAUAUUUUAAUGUCUGGAUAUUUGGCAAGCCUCCUCACGACCUAAUAGGAGAAUCUGGACUUCGUUUACCUGCCGGUGGGAAAUACUGUUACUUGGCAAGAUGAUGUGUGAAGUGAUGCCCACCAUCAGUGAGACAGAAGGACCAAGUGGAGGAGUUGGCACUGGUCGUCGAGGGUCCGGCUCCCCGCUACAGUCGGACUCUGAAGGUCAUUUUGAGUCGCUGAUGGUGUCCAUGUUAGAGGAGAGGGAUCGUCUUCUUGAGACUCUGAGAGAGACUCAAGAAAAUCUGGGCUUGGCUCAGGGUAAACUGCAUGAAGUCAGCCAUGAAAGGGACUCUCUCCAGAGACAACUCAACACUGCUUUGCCACAGGAGUUUGCGGCACUAACUAAAGAGGUGAACAUGUGCCGGGAACAACUUCUAGAAAAGGAGGAGGAGAUUGCAGAACUGAAAGCUGAGAGAAACAACACACGGCUCCUCUUGGAGCACUUGGAGUGUCUGGUUUCACGCCAUGAACGUAGUCUGAGGAUGACAGUGGUGAAACGACAAGCUCAGUCUCCUGCAGGAGUCUCAAGUGAAGUGGAAGUCCUCAAAGCCCUAAAGUCACUUUUUGAACACCACAAAGCCCUUGACGAGAAGGUAAGGGAGAGACUGCGAGUCGCCUUGGAAAGAUGCAGCGCUUUGGAGGAACAGCUCACUAUGUCACACAAAGAGUUGGCUUACCUCAGAGAGCAGAGCUGCCAGAAGAGGGGAUUGGCAGAUGGAACCAGUGAGGUCAACCACAACUCUGAAAAUACACCAAGCACUAAUGGGAAGCGGUCAUCAGAUGGAUCUCUUAGUCAGGAGGAUGAGUUAGCUCCUGAUUUCGGCAAGGUUGGCGAACUCCAGAAGGUGGUGGACCGUCAGACCGCAGAUCUGGGCCAGAUUAAGGAGCGCAUGGCUGCAAUGGCAUCCAGAAUCAGUGAGCUGGAGGAAGAGUUGGACACAGCCAGAAAAGACCUAAUCAAGUCUGAAGACAUGAAUACACGAUUACAGAGAGACCUCAGAGAAUCUAUGGCUCAGAAGGAGGAUAUGGAAGAGAGGAUCACCACUCUAGAAAAGCGCUACCUGGCAGCUCAGCGGGAGGCUACGUCCGUCCAUGACCUGAAUGACAAGUUGGAGAAUGAAGUAGCCAACAAAGAGUCCCUCUUUAGACAAACUGAAGACAGAAACCGGCAGCUCCAAGAGAAACUAGAGCUAGCUGAGCAGAAGCUACAGCAGACUAUCCGCAAAGCAGAGACUCUGCCAGAGGUGGAGGCUGAGCUAGCACAAAGGGUAGCUGCCCUAACGAAGGCAGAGGAACGCCAUGGUAAUGUGGAGGAGAGAUUGAAGCAGCAUGAGGCCCAGUUGGAGGAGAAGAAUCAGGAACUGCUCAGGGCAAGGCAAAGAGAGAAGAUGAAUGAGGAGCAUAACAAGCGUCUCUCUGAGACAGUGGACAAGCUCCUGUCUGAGUCCAACGAGAGACUCCAGCUUCACCUAAAAGAGAGGAUGUCUGCUCUGGAGGACAAGAAUGCCCUCAUAAGGGAACUGGAGCAUACCAAGAAGCUGAUUGAGGAGUCUCACCAUGAAAAGGAGCAGCUCUUGAUUCAGAUUGAAACGAUGAGGGCUGAGAACGAGCAGGGUAGGAGCAGGAGCAACUCUUUACUACAUGGACGAUCACAGUUGGCAAGCACCCCAGACUUCAGAUAUCCAGUGUCUGCUUCCUCUAUGAUGGACAGUAACUCAGACCACUAUGGCAGCGCUCUUGUAUUGAGACGACCCCAAAAAGGAAGAGUAGCAGCACUUCGAGACGAACCAUCCAAAGUGCAAACUCUGAAUGAGCAGGAGUGGGAGCGUGUGCAACAGGCCAAUGUGCUUGCUAAUGUGGCCCAGGCUUUUGAGAGUGAUAUGGAUGCCUCAGACCUGGAGGAGGAUCGAGAGACUAUCUUCAGCUCUGUUGAUCUUCUAUCCCCUGGUGGUCAGGCAGAUGCACAGACUUUGGCCUUAAUGCUGCAGGAGCAGCUUGAUGCCAUCAACAAUGAAAUUAGGAUGAUUCAAGAAGAGAAGGAAAACACAGCCAUCCGAGCAGAAGAAAUCGAGUGCAGGGUGGGCAGUGAUGACAGCCUUGGAGGACGUUUCCGCUCCAUGAGCUCCAUACCCCCAUCACUCUGUACAGGCUCUCCUAUUGGCAGCUCUCCUCCAGGCUCUGGCCACUCAACACCAAGACGUAUUCCUCAUAGCCCUCAUAGAGAAUUAGAUCGGAUGGGUGUCAUGACCCUGCCUAGUGACCUGCGAAAGCACCGCAGGAAGUCUGCUCUGGACGACAAAACCACUAUCCAGUGCGAGACAUCACCCCCUACCACUCCACGCUCUAUGCGCCUAAACAGGGAAGCAGGUCAUGCUGCCAGCCAUGAGGACAUUAGGGACAUCCGAGGUCUGGUUGGCAUGCAAGAUGGCCAGGGUAGCAACCCUAGCAGCAGUAACAGCAGCCAGGAUUCUCUCAACAAAGCAGCCAAGAAGAAGAGCAUUAAGUCUUCCAUUGGACGCCUUUUUGGAAAGAAGGAGAAGGGACGGCCGAGCAUUCCUGGAAAGGACUCUCCCAGUCAAGCUGGUACCCCUGAAGCAGAGAGCUCAGCCAAGGAUGCCUUAGCAGUGGGCAGUCUGGGUGGCCCUGCAGAAAAGAACAGAAAACUGCAGAAGAAUCCAAAGACAGGGCAUGAACUGUUAGAUGAGGCACGCAGGCAGGGCCUGCCUUUUGCCCAAUGGGAUGGACCAACCGUUGUCGUUUGGCUUGAGCUGUGGGUGGGCAUGCCUGCUUGGUAUGUAGCUGCCUGUCGUGCUAAUGUAAAAAGCGGAGCCAUUAUGUCAGCACUUUCAGACACCGAAAUCCAGAGGGAGAUUGGAAUCAGCAACCCAUUACAUCGUCUGAAACUUCGUCUUGCCAUCCAGGAAAUAAUGUCGCUCACCAGUCCCUCUGCCCCUCCCACCUCCAGAACGACCACAGGAAACGUUUGGGUCACACAUGAAGAAAUGGAAAGUCUGGCAGCUACACCUCCCACGGAGGACAACGAAAGUAGCUGGGCCCAGACAUUGGCGUAUGGAGACAUGAAUCAUGAAUGGAUUGGUAAUGAGUGGCUACCCAGCUUGGGUCUACCACAGUACCGCUCAUAUUUCAUGGAGUCCCUGGUGGACGCCCGCAUGCUUGAUCACCUGACCAAGAAAGACCUCCGCGGACAGCUGAAAAUGGUAGACAGUUUCCACAGGAACAGUUUUCAGUGUGGAGUAAUGUGUUUAAGGAGGCUCAACUAUGACCGGAAGGAGCUGGAGAGAAGAAGGGAAGCAUCUCAGCUAGAGUUUAAUGAUGUGCUGGUGUGGAGUAAUGAGCGCUUGAUAAAUUGGGUUCAGGCUAUCGGGAUGAAAGAGUACAGUGCCAACCUCUAUGAGAGUGGUGUCCACGGCGCACUGCUCUCUCUGGAUGAAACCUUUGAUCACAACACCCUGGCACUACUGCUGCAGAUUCCCACACAGAACACUCAGGCCAGAGCAACUCUUGAGCGGGAAUAUAACAGUUUGCUGGCCAUUGGUACAGACAGGAGUAUGGAAGAGGAUGACGACAAGAACUUCCGGCGUGCUCCCUCAUGGAGAAAGAAGUUCAGGCCCAAAGACAUGAGGGGGAUGUCCUUGGGUGUGUCUGACACUCUGCCUGCCAAUUUCAGGGUGACCACCAGCAACGCAUCGUCUGCCAUCACACAGCCAAAGAGGAGCCCAAUGGAUGGAAGUCAGUCUAUACAGAGGCUGGACACUGCUACUGUCAGGACCUACUCUUGUUAACAUAAACCUCUCACAACGUUUAUCCUCAUUAUUUCUAUAGGUAACCGCUGGUCAGAAGACGAAGGGGAAUUCCCUGCUUUCAAGACCAGGAUGAUGAACUAACAGAUUUUUAAGGACACUAAAAAUAUAUCACAUCACAGAGAAAGAGCUUGCUCACCAAUCUCAGUAUCCCUAGAGGAAACUGUAUAGAUAUAUCCACAUUUUUUCUAUUUAUGUAAACCAAUGGGACAUUUAAAUGAUUUUAGAAUACUGUGUAAUCUUUUUUUUGCCUCAAUCACAUUUACAUUUCCUCACUGUGCUCAUCAGCUCUCAGAUGUAUGUAACUGAAUGUUUCAACUGUCUGGAGUUUGUAUAUUUCUACCAACAGACAUUUUAUCUAAUCUUUUUUUAUAAUCUUUAUUUGACCAGAUGUAUGUUUUUUCCUUGUUGAUUUGAAAUAUAAUCAAUGGUUAAGUGACUUGUGAUAUAAUUUAAUUUCAUAUCGUUACCCUUUUUAAAUGUUUGUUUUGUAGCUUAUUACUUGUGGUUUUUAUGUAAAUGCAGCUCUUAUAUAGGUCAAUGAGUGUGUGAAUAUCAGAUAAACUGCUGGAGACCAUUUUGCAAACUGCUCAACACUGUGAGUGCUCCAUCACCAUAAAAAUAACUGCUUGCUAGCCAGGUGAUGUUGACAGCAAAUCAUCAUCAUGUGAAACACAGCAUAUACAUGAUACCAAAUAGAAAGUUUUGAAUUUAAGAAACUAAAGCCAUAUAUCAGUAGCAGUAAAAGAAAGCUAGGGCCACGAUAAAAUGCAAGUGAAAACCAAAUUCCAGAUUCUCUUUUGUUGACCUGGCAUGCAAGAACUCUCCCUUUCCUGUCCCUGCCAUAUCUCAACUCCCUUUAAUCACAAAAAAAGCUUGCGCCCUUCGAGAGCACCAUCUGUACAGGAGGAGGUUGAAUGUACAGAAGAACUCAAAAGGCAAUUUGCUUGGGCGGACCAAUUUCACUGUAGCCUUUGUGAAUCCUCGCUGCAAGUAGACAGGCCUAAAUAUUUUUCGAAAAAUCUAUUUACUAAGACUUUAUAUCAAGCCUGUUUAUUAAUGACACUCUGUCCUUUUCUGUGUUCUUAUUUAUUAUUACUCAUUUAUGUUGUCUCUUCAUUAUCAUAGUUUAAGCUAUAAUCCCACCAUAGGUCCUGUCUGCUCUCUCAACACUGGUCCGAUAUUAAUCUCCACGGCAAAUUGGAAGGAACCAGUUUUCUUUAACCCUUUGUGUAAUCUAAAGCUAAACUAGACUUUUUGUUUUAAUUAUUGUAAUUCCGCUCAUUGCUAUUUUUAGUCCUGCUCUUCCCUUUGAAUUGUCUGAUCGUGUAACAAUGUACAGUCUGAGUACUUAUAAACAAUUUUUUAUCACAGUAUUAUUUAUUGGUUACUUUCAAUAAAAUACUGAAACAUUGUCCUUUUCAGAUUAAAGCUUUGUCUAU